ACUUGAAAAAUCACUACCACUAAACUAAUGGAUUGAUACAUUUUUGCACCUUGCCGAAAUUAUACUAGGAUUUAAAUUUCAGAAAACCAUAUUAAAUUAUUAAUUAAUAAAAAAAAUAAUUAAUAUAUUUUUUUUUGUCAUACACAAAUGAAUGUGAAUCUCACAAGGCAUUAGAGGAAGUCAGCGUACGUAUCCCACGCCAUUGAAUCAAAUCCAAAUCUUGACUACUAUCCUUAUCAAGCUGCCGGAAGAAGAAUCAUACUGCCCUUCUAAUCCUAAUGGUCUUCUUCUUUACUUCCCGAUUCCCGCCACCGCCUUGUACCGUUGCCUCAGAGCUCGCACUCUCUGCCGCCGUCGGCUUGGAAUGCCCCGUCACGACAACCCUCCUCCACGCACCGUCGCUUUCUCGGACCAAUUCUUCGACUGACUUCGACGCCAGGCCUGAUCUCUCUAGGAUAUUAACCCGCCGCCAAACGCCGCUGUUAUCCACGACACUGCUAGUUCCGGACACCGGUUGUCUCAGAGCUGAGUUGACUUCCUCUUCCUCGCCUGAAGUGAGAGUGGAGAAGGAAAGCAUGUCGUCGGCGUUCGCCAUCGCCGAUUGAGAAAGAAUAUUAACGGAAGAGACUGAAUUAUUUAGCUCAAUUAGCUGUCUCUGUUCUUAUAAUAUAGAUGAAGAAAACGG